CCGAGUAAAUUAGUAAAAUUUAAAAUCCGGUCAUGGAAUGUGGUGGGGUUUUGUUUUAUUUUUUCCCCUUUGGGACUCAGAAAUUGUCGUAACACCGGUUUAACCGAUGUGACGUCAUAGUUUAACGUGCUUCUGGAUUUGGCUAAAGAAGAUGGCCUCUCCAGGCGCAUGCGUUGAAGUUCCACGCAAUUUUCGCUUGUUGGAGGAGCUUGAGGAGGGGCAGAAGGGUGAGGGAGAUGGCACAGUGAGCUGGGGCCUUGAGGAUGACGAAGACAUGACUUUGACACGGUGGACAGGCAUGAUCGUUGGCCCACCAAGAACCGCUUAUGAGAACAGGAUAUACAGUCUGAAAAUGGAAUGUGGACCUAAAUACCCACAUGCGCCCCCGUCUGUUAGAUUUGUAACAAAAAUUAACAUGAGUGGGGUAAAUAAUUCCAGCGGCGUGGUGGAGCCCCGUAGUGUAACAGUAAUAGCAAAAUGGCAACAUUCUUUUACCCUUAAAAUGGUUCUUCAAGAGUUAAGGCGUCUAAUGCAGAACAAAGAAAAUGUGAAGCUUCCACAGCCUCCAGAAGGACAAUCCUUCAGCACUUAAAUGUUAAAGGAUUGUUUUGGCCGUCUGUCUUAAACUUUACUCUUAGAAAUAUUGUGUAAAAAUCCUGGCUCACUUCACAUAUGAAUGAUAUCAUCUGCAAGAGCAAGAUGGGACUUUAUUACAUAGCUCAUUGGGGGUGGGGGUGUCCUUACAGUUAAGCACUGAGCAGUUAAAAAGACUACAAGGCCACAGCUAUUUGCCUUUAAUGAAAUUACUUUGACUUCUGUUCCACCUGUUCCAGCUUAAGUGGUCUUUAAGAAGGAGGCAUGGUGUCACGCAAAGGCUCUUGUACCAGAUUUCCAGUUUUAUGUGCAAAAUGACUGAUCACCGAAGCAGAUGUCAAGAUGUCCUUAUGAAGGCUUGUUCUGUAACUAAUAACUAGUCAGAGAGCUACGUUGUGAGUUAGUUAAAUUUAGCUGGCGGUGUUGAAACAUACAGAAUGCUCAACUGUGGCUGUAGUCUAAAAGUAGUGUCACAAGUUAAGAAUUUUUUUAUAUAUAUAUGUAUAUAUAAAUAUACAUAUAAAAAAAUAUAUAUAUCUGUAUUUGACACAGUACUGAUGCUUUUCUGUUCUGCAGUUCUUUGACACGUAACAGAUGUCGAAGCCUUUGCAUUCUGGUGACAAUGGCAGGUGUAUAAACUUGUGAUUUUUUUUUCUGAAAUUAAAAUC